UACGCAUGCGCUUUGUUAGCCAACAUGUGUGGUCAGGGAUCUCUAUUGGAGAAGCAGUUUUAGCCUAUCUUUAUACUGUAUUCUCCUUGUCAAAGCCAUGUGAUUUGCUGCAGUGAGUGUCCUCUCUCCUCAUUCUCAAAACACAUUGGAGGAGAAGGUCAGAGGGGCGGGACCUCUGGCUUUCUCAUCCAAUGAGAAGGAGAGGCGCGCGGACACUAGAAGAAUGCAAAUUGAGACCUUGGUAUCCAGUAAUGCGAUUCAGCCUCUGCACUUGUCAAUAUACAAAAUGGCAGCCACCAUUGGGAGACUAUUAAAGACCUCUGCAAAGGUUGCAACUGGAGGACUGAAAGUAUCAGCCUCGCCACAUGGAAAUUCAGUGAACAAGGCCUCAAGAAUUUUGACCUGUCCUGUACUGCAGAAAACCUGUUUCUCCACCAGUACAGCUGGAUGGGCUCCAGCUGUCACUCAGCACGCACCACAUUUUAAAGCUACAGCUGUCCACAAUGGCGAGUUCAAGGAGAUGAGCCUAGAUGACUUUAAGGGCAAAUACCUGGUCCUUUUCUUCUACCCUCUCGACUUCACGUUUGUUUGUCCAACAGAGAUCAUCUCAUUCAGUGACAAGGCCAGCGAGUUCCAUGACAUCAACUGUGAAGUGGUGGGCGUGUCGGUGGAUUCGCACUUCACCCACCUGGCAUGGAUAAACACCCCUCGCAAGGCUGGAGGUUUGGGUAACAUCCACAUCCCCCUGCUGGCAGACCUCAACAAACAGGUUUCCAGAGACUAUGGCAUACUUCUGGAGGGUCCUGGCAUUGCACUGAGGGGACUGUUUAUCAUUGAUCCAAGUGGUGUGGUGAAGCACAUGAGCGUCAACGACCUGCCAGUGGGCCGCUGUGUGGAUGAGACCCUGCGUCUGGUGAGGGCCUUCCAGUUUGUGGAGACUCACGGUGAAGUAUGCCCUGCUAGCUGGACCCCCGACUCUCCUACGAUCAAGCCAACUCCAGAAGGUUCAAAGGAGUACUUUGAGAAAGUCAACAACUAGAUGACACACUUCACAGCUUUAAUAAAUAAAUUAUCCAGAGUUGAAAAAAAACUAUAGAUAAACCAAAUACUUUCCAUUAUAGUUUAGUUUUAAAGUAGAUGGAAAUAAAGAUUUGAAGUGGUCGAUUGUCUGAGUUGAAACAUUUCAUCCUGUUCACUAGCUUCUAUUUCUCACAAGCAAUUCACUGUGAUCACAUUGCAAGUAUUGAGAGCCUAUGCAUUUGUUUUAAAAUAAUGAAAUGGUCCUAACAUUGCAAAGAGCAUGUAAAUAUUGUUAAGAGUAUUAGGGGUCUGUUGACAGUAUCAAAAUAAGCAAAGGGGGGGGGGGGGGGGGGGGGGGGGGGAGAAACACCCAUCACACACUUUUCAAUCAAUUAAACAAAACUGAUCAUACAUAAAGAUUGUAUUUUCCCCAAACAGUGUUAAGAGACCGUUGCUACCGUGUCUUGAUAGUUAAAAAAAAAAAAAAGCAGUUACCAGAUUUAAAAGCCAGACAACUUGACCUUCAUUUACAAACCAUGCCUAUAUAAGCUCUGUACAGUUUUUUUUUAACAGUUAAUAUGCAGGUUAAAAAUGUCUUGACAUAUGGUACACAGGUGCCAGAAAUCAACUUCAGUGGAUGUAAAAUUUGAGAAAGGCAUUGCAACUUCUCAUACAUUUAAGGUACAUACUGUAUUUACACAUGGGGGGGAGGAGCAUUAAAUACUCUGCAGCACUGUAUGUAGCUAAGUGUAUUUCACUCUGUACAGUACGUUUACGGCAACUUGGCACAAUCACCUCAUUUCAUCUGACAUUCAAUGUUUCAGGUUAUGAGGGACAUGUCUGACCAAAGAACUGAGCCCUUUAAAGCUUUAAAUAAUCCACAAAACCAAAUAGUGUCAGCUUGUCAAUGUCAUUCCUUUCUGCAAGCAGCCAGCACAAAGUCAGCGACCAACUUUUUUUUAUUAUUGCUACAACCAGGGAAAGUGAAACUGCCCAAAAAGAAAAAAAAGCAGAAUUUGAUGAGCAUAUGGUUUGAUUGAAACGUCAUGCAAUUUCAGGCAAGAUGUAACAGCGCCACCCCAAGCACCAAACCAAAGAGACAAAACUAAAUAUAUUUUUGCUUAUAACUGAAUCAUUUGUAAAAAAAAUAAUAAAAACUUGUAGUAAAUCUGUACAACCAAAAUACAUUUGGGAUCUACAUCUAAAGUUACAUUACGGUUAUAUACACUUUUCCCCCUAUCCAUAUUAUCUUUCACAAGAGUCUUCAUUCAAACCCUACCAUUAAGAAAACAUAGCCUAAACAGGAAAUUGGAUCACAUCAAA